CAGAUUGCAUAAAAGGCUGAAGGUUGUGGAGGGCAGAGGAAGACAGUGUGGCGAGGCUCAGGUUUGCAGUUUCGGCUUGGACACUGAGCCAGUCAGCCUUGCAACACAAGCUGGGGUAGGUCACCUAGCCCCCAGCCCGAGCUUCUCUCCCACCAUCAUGGAGAGCAGUCUCAGCACCCGACUCUGCCUGCUACCCCUGGUUCUAGGACUCUUAUCUGGAGGUGGAAUUGCAACGUCAGUGCCUGUGGACGCACCCCAGGUUUCCUGCCCUCUGGAGGGAGUGGAGAUCAAAGGUGGCACCUUCCAGCUUCUGAAGGGGGGCCAGGCACUGGAAUACGUGUGUCCCUCUGGCACCUACCCAUACCCUGUGUCAGCUCGCACCUGCAGAAUCACAGGGUCCUGGAGUUCCCUGAAGACCCAAGACCAAAAACUUGUCAAGAUGGCAGAAUGCAGAGCAAUUCGCUGCCCAAGACCACAGGACUUUGAGAAUGGGGAAUACUGGCCCCGGUCCCCCUACUACAAUGUGAGUGACGAGAUAGCUUUCCGCUGCUAUGAUGGUUAUACUCUCCGGGGCUCUGCCAAUCGCACUUGCCAAAUAAAUGGCCGGUGGGAUGGGCAUACGACCAUCUGCGAUGAUGGAGCAUCAUACUGCCCCAACCCAGGCAUCCCUAUUGGCACAAGGAAGGUGGGCAGCCAGUACCGCCUUGAAGACAGCGUCACCUACUUCUGCAGUCGGGGACUCACUCUACGUGGCUCCCAGAAGCGAACAUGUCAGGAAGGUGGCUCUUGGAGUGGAACUGAGCCUUCCUGCCAAGAUUCCUUCAUGUAUGACAGCCCUGAAGAGGUGGCCGAAGCCUUCCUGUCUUCCCUGACAGAGACCAUAGAAGGAGUUGAUGCUGAGGAUGGGCACAGCCCAGGGGAACAACAGAAGAGGAAAAUCGUCUUGGACCCCUCUGGUUCCAUGAACAUCUACCUGGUGCUGGAUGGAUCAGACAGUAUUGGGACUCAAAACUUCACACGGGCUAAGAAUUGUCUCAGAGACUUCAUAGAGAAGGUGGCAAGUUAUGGAGUAAAGCCAAAAUAUGGUCUAGUGACAUAUGCCACAUACCCUCUAAUUUUGGUCAGAGUGUCACAACCUGAGAGCAGUGAUGCAGCCUGGGUUACAGAAAAGCUCAAUCAAAUCAGCUAUGAAGACCACAAGUUGAAGACAGGAACUAACACCAAGAGGGCCCUGCAGGCAGUGUACAGCAUGAUGAGCUGGCCUGACAAAGUCCCUCCUGAAGGAUGGAACCGCACCCGCCAUGUUAUCAUCCUCAUGACUGAUGGUUUGCACAACAUGGGUGGUGACCCAGUCUCUGUUAUUAAUGAUAUCCGGGAUCUGUUGGAUAUUGGUAGAGAUCGUAAAAACCCAAGGGAGGAUUAUCUGGAUGUCUAUGUGUUUGGGGUCGGGCCUCUGGUGAACGUAGACAAUAUAAAUGCUUUGGCUUCCAAGAAGGAUAAAGAGCAGCAUGUGUUCAGAGUCAAGGACAUGGAAAACCUGGAAGAUGUUUUUAUCCAAAUGCUUGAUGAAAGCCGGACACUGGGUCUCUGUGGCAUGGUUUGGGAGCACAAGGAGGGUACUGAUUACCAUAAGCAACCAUGGCAUGCCAAGAUCUCAGUGACUCGUCCUUCAAAAGGACAUGAGAACUGCAUGGGAGCUGUAGUAUCCGAGUACUUUGUGUUGACAGCAGCACACUGUUUUACAGUGGAUGACCAGAAACACUCAAUCAAGGUCAGCGUAGGAGGGAAGAGGCAGGACUUGGAGAUAGACGAAGUCUUCUUUCACCCUCAAUACAACAUCAAUGGGAAAACAGCAAAAGGAAUCCAUGAAUUUUAUGACUAUGAUGUGGCCCUGAUCAAACUGAAGACGAAGCUUAAGUAUGACCAAACUGUCAGGCCCAUUUGUCUUCCCUGCACUGAGGGAUCAAAUCAAGCUUUGAGGCUUCCUCUGGCAACCACUUGCCGGCAACAGAUGCAAGAACUGCUUCCUGCAAAGGAUAUCAAAGCUCUGUUUGUGUCUGAGGAAAAGAAGAAGUUGGUUCGGAAGGAGGUCUAUAUCAAAAACGGGGAUAAGAAAACCAGCUGUGAGAAAGAUGCUCUACAUGCUAUAGGUUAUAAUGAAAUCAAGGACGUCUCUGAGGUAGUCACUCCUAGGUUCCUUUGUACUGGAGGAAUACAACCCUAUGCUGACCCCAACACGUGCAAAGGUGAUUCUGGUGGCCCUCUGAUUAUACACAAGAAGAGUCGCUUCAUUCAAGUUGGUGUGAUCAGCUGGGGUGUAGUGGAUGUCUGCAAAGGACAGAAGCUGGCACCCGCUUAUGCCCGAGAUUUCCACAUCAAUCUCUUCCAAGUGCUGCCCUGGCUAAAGGAGAAACUCAAAGAUGAGGAUCUGGGUUUUCUAUAAGGGGUUUUCUGUUGGAAAGGGGCAUGGGAUCAAAUUAAAACAGCUGCGACAAUA